GAGAACUUCCUCCAGGGUUCAGCCAUGACUACUUCUGCCUUGCGGCGGCAGGUAAAAAACAUUGUGCACAAUUAUUCCGAGGCCGAAAUCAAGGUGCGUGAGGCCACUUCCAAUGAUCCCUGGGGGCCCCCUAGCUCCUUAAUGUCGGAGAUUGCAGACUUGACCUUCAACACGGUGGCGUUUGCAGAGGUCAUGGGUAUGAUCUGGAGGCGGCUGAACGACAGCGGCAAGAACUGGCGUCACGUCUACAAGGCACUGACACUUCUGGACUACCUCAUCAAAACGGGCUCUGAGAAAGUGGCUCAUCAGUGCCGGGAGAACUUGUACACCAUUCAGACUUUGAAGGAGUUCCAAUAUAUAGACCGCGAUGGCAAGGACCAGGGCAUAAAUGUUCGGGAGAAGGUCAAGCAGGUUAUGAACCUGCUGAAGGAUGAGGAAAGGCUGAAGCAGGAGAGAACCUAUGCCCUGAAGACUAAGGAGCGGAUGUCUCUGGAGGGCAUGGGCAUCAGCAACAGUAACAGCCAGCAGCUUGCCUACGGACGGCGAGCGUCACAGUACGGAGAUGACUACGGAAGGUCAAGAGGUUCUCCAUCCUCCUUCAACUCCUCUUCCUCAUCUCCUCGGUUCAAUUCUGAUCUGGAACAGGCAAGACCACAGACUACAGGGGAAGAAGAGCUUCAAUUGCAGCUUGCCCUGGCCAUGAGCAGAGAAGAAGCAGAAAAGCAGCCACCUCCUCCAGUUUCCAGUACAGAUGAAGAUGUGCAAUUGCAGAUAGCGCUUACCCUGAGCAAACAGGAGCACGAGAAGGAAGUUAGGGCAUGGCAAGGGGAAAAUUCACUGUUACAGAAGGCACUAGAAGAGAGCAACCUGGGUGCAGAAGAGGAAGAAGAUGAUAAGAUGAAGAAAAGCCAGUCUUCUGUGUUGGAGCUGGCAGAUAUUUUUGGAUCAGCACCUGUAACUUCUACCCACACAUCAGCUGACCCAUGGGAUAUUCCAGGUGGGGGUUAUCCUCGAUCAAUUGAGGUUUGGAACCAUGACACGGCCUUUUCUCCUGCCUUUUCUCCUCCUCUGUCCCUGUCCAGUUCUUGGGAGCCUAACAAUCCCAAAUCCACUGUGGAAUCGACAGGAACAUCCUGGGGACCCCCUGCAGACCCCUGGGUUCCAGUGUCUUCCGUGGAUCCUCUCAGUCAGACAGCAUCGUCUACUAAUCAAGCCUCUCCAGGGCCCUGGAACCUUCCCCCCAUUUCCUCUUCUGCCUCAUCCUCUGAUCCAUGGGGAAUGAAGUCCCUGUCUUCCAGUGUCUCAUCUUCAGAUCCCUGGGGGAAGUCCUCACCACCUGCUCCAGUUGCUGCAGGCACUAUUACUACUACCGAUCCCUGGGGAGGCUCUACUGAUAAGCCUUCCACAACUAGCAGUGCUACUUUUGACUUGUUUGCAAAACUACCAGAACAAGUGGAUCAGCCAGAGCAUGACAACACCCAGGCUCCGUCAUCUGUGAAAUCUAACAGCCCCAUAGAUUUGGACCUGUUUGGGGAACUUAUUCCAAGCACCAAGGAGAAUGGAGUCAAGAAUACAGACGUUUUUGAUGUUACAGGUUUAGGAGACUCUCUUCCUGAUUCCAAGGACAAAAAGGAUUGCAAAACUCCAGAAACCUUUCUUGGCCCAAAUGCCUCUUCUUUGGUUAAUUUAGACUCCUUGAUCAUAGCUCCCCAAAGCUUGAAAUCUCGUAAUCCAUUCUUGGCAGGUCUCAGCACGCCGUCUCCCACCAAUCCAUUCAACACCAUGGACCAUCCCAAACCAACUCUCAACCAGAUGCGAACCAACUCUCCAGUGCCCAGCGUAGCCAUGGGAAUGACCAUGAACUCCAUGACCUACAGUGCUUCCCUCCCUCUUCCCCUCAGCAGCAUCCCUCCAGCAAUGACAAUCCCAGCCUCCGUGAGUGCCUUUCCUCAGGCUGGAGCAAGGCCUUUCCCAGAGAUGCCCACCAACUUGCCUCAACCUCUUUUACCACUGUCUGGCUCAGGUCCCCCUCCACUACCUUCUCAAGGCAGUAUGAACCCCUUCCUUUGAGAAGAUGCUUUAGGCAUU